CUCCGUGCUUAUACCUUUCGUGCUUACUUCUUGUGUAAACUUGCCACACGAUUAAUCCUCUUCUUUGUUUCUACAGAGGGAGAAUAUAUCAAGAUGUUCAUGCGAGGUCGACCAAUCACAAUGUUCAUUCCUUCAGAUGUAGAAAACUAUGAUGAUAUUAGGACAGAGCUGCCUCCUGAGAAGUUAAAACUGGAGUGGGUAUAUGGGUAUCGUGGAAGAGACUGUCGAGCCAACGUUUACCUCCUCCCUACCGGAGAAAUCGUGUAUUUCAUAGCAUCAGCAGUGGUACUAUUUAACUACGAGGAGAGAACUCAGCGACACUACUUGGGUCACACAGACUGUGUUAAAUGUCUUGCAGUUCAUCCAGACAAAAUUAGAAUUGCAACAGGACAGUUAGCUGGAGUGGAUAAAGAUGGAAGGCCUCUGCAGCCCCAUGUUAGGGUUUGGGACUCGGUGAGCCUGGUGACACUGCAGGUUAUCGGCCUCGGCACCUUUGAGCGUGGAGUGGGGUGUUUGGAUUUUUCCAAAGCGGAUUCUGGUACUCAUCUGUGUGUAAUCGAUGACUCUAAUGAGCACAUGCUCACUGUGUGGGAUUGGCAGAGGAAAUCAAAAAUAGCAGAAAUCAAGACUACAAAUGAAGUUGUUCUUGCUGUAGAAUUCCAUCCAACUGAUGCAAAUACCAUAAUAACAUGUGGCAAAUCUCAUAUAUUUUUCUGGACCUGGAGUGGCAAUUCAUUAUCAAGGAAGCAAGGGAUAUUUGGGAAAUAUGAAAAACCCAAAUUUGUCCAGUGUUUAGCUUUUUUGGGAAAUGGUGAUGUGCUCACUGGAGACUCAGGUGGGAUUAUACUUAUAUGGGGCAAAACUACUGUAGAAUCUACUCCAGGAAAAGGACCUAAAGGAGUAUAUCAGAUAAGCAGACAAAUCAAAGCUCACGAUGGCAGUGUGUUCACACUCUGUCAAAUGAGGAAUGGGAUGCUGCUAACUGGAGGUGGGAAAGACCGGAAGAUCAUCCUGUGGGAUCAUGAUUUGAAUCCCGAAAGGGAAAUUGAGGUUCCUGACCAGUAUGGAACCAUCAGAGCAGUAGCAGAAGGAAAAGCAGAUCAGUUUCUAGUGGGUACUUCACGAAACUUUGUUUUGCGGGGCACAUACAACGAUGGUUUCCUGGUAGAGGUACAGGGACAUACAGAUGAACUCUGGGGACUGGCAUCGCAUCCUUUCAAAGACCUGUUUUUAACAUGUGCUCAAGAUAGGCAAGUUUGUAUGUGGAAUUCUGUGGACCACACACUGGAAUGGACCAGGCUGCUAGAUGAACCAGGGCACUGUGCUGACUUCCAUCCCAGCGGAGCAGUGGUCGCAAUAGGAACGCACUCGGGCAGGUGGUUUGUUCUGGAUGCGGAAACGAGGGAUCUGGUUUCAAUACACACUGAUGGCAAUGAGCAGCUCUCGGUGAUGCGCUACUCAGUAGAUGGCACCUUACUUGCAGUUGGAUCCCACGACAACUUCAUUUACCUCUACGUAGUAACAGAAAAUGGAAGAAAGUAUAGCAGAUACGGAAAAUGCACUGGACAUUCCAGCUAUAUUACACACCUUGACUGGUCCCCAGACAACAAGUAUAUAAUGUCAAACUCAGGAGACUAUGAAAUACUAUACUGGGACAUUCCAAGUGGCUGUAAGCUAAUCAGGAAUCGUUCUGACUGUAAGGAUAUAGAUUGGACAACAUACACUUGUGUGCUAGGCUUCCAGGUGUUUGGAGUUUGGCCUGAGGGGUCAGAUGGGACAGACAUCAACGCCCUUGUCAGAUCCCAUAACCGAAAAGUGAUAGCAGUUGCCGAUGAUUUUUGUAAGGUCCAUCUCUUUCAGUAUCCCUGUUCCAAGCCAAAGGCUCCAAGUCACAAAUACAGUGCUCACAGUAGUCAUGUGACAAAUGUCAGCUUCACCCAUAGCGACUGUCACUUGAUUUCAACUGGAGGGAAAGACAUGAGUAUUAUCCAGUGGAAACUCGUGGAGAAGGUCACUCUACCACAAAAUGACAUUGUCGUAGACACUGGCGCAACCAAAGUGCCCAUCCCUGCCGGUGACGCUCCUCUGCCACAGCCUCUCAACGAAAUGAACCAAACCGAAAGCGUAACUGGCAGCUCCCCAGCUUCUUUGGAGAGCAACUUGGAGCAGUCUGCAGAGGCCAGUGAGGAGCAGAGCGAGGGGAGCAGCCUGGAUCCCACCGAGCCGGGUUACGAGGAGCGCUCCAAUGAGAUGAGCGAGGAGCACAGCGAGUCCACGGUCACUGAAGAGCAGCAGGAUAACUCACCGGUGUCUUAAUGCUCCCAGCUCAGGCAGUUGUGGUUUCCUUUGGUGUGUGUGCUUUCAUUACAGGGUGAGGGUUCAAUUAGGGAGAAGUAGCUGAGAUUCAUGACCACUCCAGCUUUUUGAGUUUCAGUGAGAUUUUUUUUAGUCUGAGCUUCAGUUCGAUGUGUGGAACCAUCCCAAGGGCCUGGCUUGAUGGUCUGUGUCAGGAUCCGGUCACAGUUAGUAGUGGACAUUACCACAGAUCCAUUUCAGUUCUGAAAUUGCUGUCAGGAAGUGGCAUGAAAUACAUACUGGAGAAAAAGGUUAGCUCUGAGAAUUAGCUCAAGUAGGCCACCUUAACUAUGUGAAA